GUAUUUGUGCUUUGGCCCUGAUUGUAUAUAUGAUUUACCUGAUGCCUAGUCCUUGAUCAGGAAUGAUAGUAGUGCUCAUUCUCCAUGAAACUUUGAUCCGUUUUACUGUUUUGUGCCAUAUUUUUCCAUAGCAUUCUGUUAUUAAAUUGUUCUUUGGUAAUAGAUUAGGUAUGUAAGAUCUGAGUUAAUCAAAGGCACCAUAACAUCCCUUUCAAGAAGACUUGCAAAGUUGCAUUUUAUGACCUUGCUCCUGGGGCCUGGAACUUUCUAUUUUAAGUUUGCCUUGACAUGAGCCUCAUAGUCAAGAGCUGAGGUGUCUAUGCGUCAGGGCACAAACCUCUUAAAUAUACCAGGUUUGUGUUUCUGCUUCCUUCCUUGUAACUUUACUUUUUUAACAAUUUAAUUUAGGGUUUUGUUAGCGGUGUCACUGCUGCCAAGAUGGACCACAAGCCCCUGCCCUCAGGGCGCCCAUUAGGCACCAUGUCCAAUGACCUGAGACUUCUGCGCAGCGAUCCCUCCUUGGAGCUGAGCGAGUACCGGGGCCAGCAGUUCGGUGGCAAUAAUGAUGAGCAGGAGAAAUUACCGAAAGAAAGCUUCACACUUUAUGUGGGGAAUCUUUCCUUUUAUACUACGGAAGAGCAAAUAUAUGAGCUCUUUAGUAGAUGUGGUGAUGUCAAGAAUAUGUUUAUGGGCCUGGAUAAAAUUAAGAAAAUGGCAUGUGGUUUCUGUUUUGUAGAAUACCAUAAUAGAUUUGAGGCCGAAAAUGCCAUGUGGUGCCUAAACGGGACCCGCCUAGAUGAUCGUAUUAUCCACACAGAUUGGGAUCUAGGCUUUAGACAGGGCAGACAGUAUGGCCGUCCCCGACGUGGGGGCCAGGUAAGAGAUGAGUUUCAUGAAGAUUUUAAUGCUGGUAGAGGAGGCUUUAGAGAAGCCUGUGAUAGGAGAGAAAUCCACUAAUGACAAACCUGCAGCUCUGGCCCCUAGAAAAGUCUAUUAAGGAGCACCACCAGGUCAGCACAUAACCCAUUUUGUAACAAGUUUAAAUUACUUGCUGAGCAGAGACCCUUUUGAUGUAUUUUUUUCUCUCUGAAAUGUUAUUAAAUGGCACAAACCAAAACAUUCUUUUGUUCUUGUCUUAAUUUUGAAGCUGGCUGUCAGAUUACCAAUUUGUCCAUCUGGUGGUCAAAAGUGAAGUGUUCUUUAGGAAUAAAUGAGGUAUGUAAGAUCUGAGUCAACCAAACUUCCAUUUCAGGAAGACUUCAGUUGGAUUUUAUAGUCAUGUUUCCAGGGCCUGAAAUGAUUUUUUAAAGAUAUUUGACAAGUAAAGUCAAAUAAAUGGAAAAUUAACAAAUAUAUAUCAAAGGAA